AUGGUGAAAUGUCAAGUUACUGGUACUGUGAAAGCAGUCAGUAUGGAGGAGAUCAAAAGUGAUACAUUGAAGAAGAUUUGUGAAUUAAACGCCUAUUCUUCAAAGCUGGAAGAUAAACUCAAGAAAAAGAACUACAUGACAACAAUUACGAAUCAGUACAGAUAUUCCGAAUCGGAUGUUUCUUGCGAUGCACUGAAUCAAUUCAACCUAAUGCGAACUAGCUUUUUAUCCAAAGACUCUCUGAGCUUUGCGAUAAACUCUCUUUUCUUCGCAACUGCCUACGGAUUCGGCGACUCGACGUUCAAAUCACUUGGCGGUGAAACUGGAGUUAAAGGAAAACUUCUCCUUAUCACUGUCAUUGUGUAUGUCAUGGCAGUAUUAGUAGCCGUGGUAGCUUUGGUAUUUUUGGUAGCUUUAUAUUUUAUGAAGAGAAAUGCCAACAUCAAGAAACGUGAAAGUGAAAAAAGUAAAUUACUGCGGAAUCCAGCUAACAAUAACGACAAUGACACUCCUGUAGAAAUCAUUUACGACACUUCUUCUGAUAAUAAACUUUGA